AUGCCUCCUCAUGUGGUCGUGCGUCACUCCGAAUCCCUCCCUCUCCGUUAUUCCUUCACUCCUCCCUCUCUCCGCGCUGUGCCUGCUGCUGUUGUCCGCUCGACCCCUCUGCCUCUAGGAUACAAAUUGAAGAUGUUUUGGGGUCUCAGCGAGUGGUUCUGGCAGGAGCGGCUCUGGUUCCCUGUUGGUUUGGGCUGGGCCGACCUGGAGGACAGAGACGGACGUGUUUAUGCCAAAGCCCGGGACCUGUGGGUGGCCCUCCCCAUCGCAGUGGCUUUCCUCAUCAUACGACAGAUAUUUGAAAGGACCGUAGCUACGCCUCUGGCUGCUCUUCUCGGGGUGAAAGAGGCAGUGCGACUCAAAGCUCCUCACAACCCCACACUGGAGUCCUACUACUGCACUAUCACCAAGAACCCCUCCCAGACAUCAAUAACGAGUCUCUGUAAACAAACUGGAUAUUCAGAGCGGCAGGUGCAGCGCUGGUUCAGGCGGCGGAGAAACCAGGACCGACCGAGUCUGCUGAAAAAGUUUAGAGAGGCCAGCUGGAGAUUUACCUUUUACCUUCUUGCUUUCAUUGCUGGCCUUGCCUCCCUCAUUGAUAAACCCUGGUUAUACGACCUGAAGGAGAUGUGGGAGGGCUUUCCAGUUUUGACUGUCCUUCCCUCUCAGUAUUGGUACUACAUGAUCGAGCUGGGCUUCUAUGGCUCGCUACUCUUCAGCGUGGCAUCUGACAUCAAGCGCAAAGACUUUAAGGAGCAGAUUGUCCACCAUGUGGCAACCAUCCUCCUCAUCAGCUUCUCCUGGUGUGUGAACUACAUACGAGCUGGAACUCUCAUUAUGCUGGUGCACGACUCUGCAGACUACUUUCUUGAGUCUGCAAAGAUGUUCAACUAUGCUGGAUGGAGGAACGCCUGCAACUACAUCUUCAUAGUGUUUGCCGUAGUUUUCAUCGUCACUCGUCUUGUGAUCUUUCCAUUUAGGAUUAUUUACUGCACAUGGAUCUACCCUGUGACGGUCUAUGAACCUUUUUUUGGUUAUUACUUUUUCAAUGGACUCCUAAUGGUGCUACAGUGUCUUCAUAUCUUCUGGGCUGUUCUCAUUAUAAAGAUAGCGGUCCGCUUCCUUACCAACAAUGAAAAGGUUGAUGAUGAACGAAGUGACAAAGAUGAAACAGACUUAUCAGAAGAUGAAGAAGAUAAGUGUGUGAAAAGGGACUCAACGAAAAAUGGGCCAGUGCAGAACGGCCACUCAGUUCACAACAACAACCACAGCCACAACCACAGCCACAGUCACAGUCACAGUCACAGUAAGGCGGAGUGA